AGUGGAGUAGUGGAAGUAAUUCUGAAUUGGUUAAAGACUUAUUAAAACAAGUUAUGUGCAGUAGAAAGGUUUUGGUGUUCCCCUCCGCGGAGGAGCUGGGUCCGGCACUGGCUCGCCUGGUCUCCUCCCGUGCAAAGCAAGCCUGUAGCUCCCAGCGCCGCCGGUUCGCCCUCGGCCUGUCGGGGGGCAGCCUGGUCUCCAUGCUGAGCCGGGAGCUCCUCGCCCUCCCAGACCUCGACAGCAGCGCUUGGAUCGUGGGCUUCUGUGACGAGAGGCUGGUUCCGUUCCACAAUGAAGAAAGCACCUACGGACUGUAUAAGAAUCAGCUUCUCUCCAAAAUAAAUAUUUCAGAAGAUGCUGUUCUAACUAUUGACCCUUCGCUACCUGUGGAAGAGUGUGCAGAAGACUAUGCCCGCAAGCUGAGUGAGACCUUCCCCGGUGAGGAGGUCCCGACCUUUGACCUGCUGCUGUUGGGCAUGGGCCCGGAUGGACAUACCUGCUCACUUUUCCCAGAUCACCCCCUACUGGAGGAGACCAAAAAGACAGUGGCCCCCAUCAGGGACUCGCCAAAGCCCCCCCCUGAGCGCAUCACCAUGACGCUGCCAGUGGUCAACGCUGCCCGGUGUGUUGCCUUCGUGUCGACUGGGGCCAGCAAAGCCUCCGUGUUAAAGCAUGUUCUGGAGGGAGGAGAAGGCCCCCCGCUACCCGCAGCUCGAGUCUCGCCCCACCAAGGAGAACUACUUUGGCUGCUGGAUGAACCUGCUGCAGCUUCUCUUUCUCUUCAAGUCGGACGGCCUGCUCCUCAUGCAGAGCUUUAAGCCUGAAGCAGGGGGGAGGAGCAUCAGCUAGACACAAACGGCUCCAGAUUCUGUUUGCUGCACCCAUGUAGGGUGUAUGAAUCUGCACGAUUGACAUGGUCUGAUUUAAUUACUUUAUUUACUUGACUUGUGUCUUGCUUGAGGAUUUGCUAUUGGGCAAUGUGUCCUCGUUUAGUGGUUAAAUAAUUUCCAAAUCAUGGGCCUUGCAUCAGGACCAAGAUGCAUCUGUGGUAAAUGGCACUAGGACUUCUAAGAGACAUAAGAAAGCAGUAUAUGCUAUUUAAAUUCCACACUGCUAACUAGACUGCAUCCAGUAACAGUGUUAAAGAUUAGGAAGGAAAAAGUUCCCUCUAUACUGAAGAUUUUUUUUUUCCUUGUGAAGUUUUCAAGUCAUGUGAUGUCAGCAGCUGCUGCCAGUCCUCUUACUUUAGAUGUAAUGGAAACACCGCUGUGGGUAGAGCUUGACUGGCAUUAAACUGAGGGAGACCUGAAUAAUCGCCAACAGAGCUGAAGAGCAGUGAAACUUGGAUGGAACUUGCCUGGUGGACCAUGUGCUUGGCUUGCUGAUAAUUUUUAGAUCCUGUGCGGCCCACAAUAAAAGGAUUAAGAUGGUCUCAUGGA